AUGAAGACGUCGUUCUCCUCCGUGGCCACGGCCAUCGCCUUGGGUGCUUCUGCCGUUAUGGCGGCUCCCUCCAAGACCAUUGCCGCCCGUGACGACGUUACCCCCAUCACCGUGAAGGGAAAUGCCUUCUUCAAGGGCGAGGACCGUUUCUACAUCCGGGGUGUCGACUACCAGCCUGGUGGCUCCUCCAAGCUCGCUGACCCCAUCGCCGAUGCCGAUGGCUGCAAGCGUGAUAUCGCCAAGUUCCAGCAGCUCGGCCUGAACACCAUCCGUGUCUACUCGGUAGACAACUCCCAGGACCACGACGAGUGCAUGAAUGCCUUGGCUGAUGCUGGCAUCUACCUGGUGCUCGAUGUCAACACUCCCAAGUACUCCAUCAACCGUGCCGAACCCAGCAUCUCCUACAAUGAUGUCUAUCUCCAGAACGUCUUUGCCACCGUUGAGAUGUUUGCCAAGUACCCCAACACGCUGGCUUUCUUCUCCGGUAACGAGGUCAUCAACGAUGGCCCCUCGUCCAAGGCUGCUCCGUAUGUCAAGGCUGUGACCCGUGAUAUCCGCUCCUACCUCCGUGCCCGCAAGCUGCGCCAGGUCCCUGUUGGAUACUCUGCUGCUGAUAUCGAUACCAACCGUCUUCAGAUGGCGGAGUACAUGAACUGCGGCACCGAUGAUGAGCGUAGCGACUUCUUCGCUUUCAACGACUACUCCUGGUGUGACCCCUCCUCCUACACCACCUCUGGCUGGGACCAGAAGGUGAAGAUGUUCACGGGCUAUGGAUUGCCUCUCUUCCUCUCCGAGUACGGCUGCAACACCAACACCCGCAAGUUCGAGGAAGUCAGCGCUCUCUACUCCACCAAAAUGACCGGUGUCUACUCUGGUGGUCUGGUCUACGAAUACUCCGAAGAAGCCAGCCACUACGGCUUGGUCGAGGUUGACGGUAGCUCCGUCAAGACCCUUCCUGACUUUGAUUCCCUGCAGUCGGCCUUCAAGAACACCCCCAACCCCGAGGGAGACGGUGGUUACAACAAGACCGGUGGUGCCAACGGCUGCCCCUCCAAGCAACUUCCCGACUGGAAUGUCGAUGCCACCGAUGCCCUCCCUGCCAUUCCCGAGCCGGCUCUGAAGUACAUGAAGGAUGGCGCCGGAAAGGGCCCUGGAUUCGCCGGUUCCGGAAGCCAGAACAAAGGUACUCAGUCCACUGCUACUGCUACUGCUGGAUCUGGCAGCAAUGUCCCCACCUCCACCGGAUCCGCCUCGGACUCUUCUUCGGCAGCCUCUGGUUCUUCCACCAGCAGUUCUGGCGCGCUCUCCCUGCAGCCUCCCAGCAUGGCCCCGGUUUUCAUCGGGCUUGUGACCGUUCUUUCUUCCCUGUUCGGAGCCUCGGUUAUCCUGCUCUGA